AUGGUUGUCAGACCUUUUUAAGGUCAUUUUGUAGCUAAUCGCUUUGUGGUGCGUAAAAUGAGGCGCCGUGCGCUUUUUCACGUGGCUGAAAUCUGUCUUUUUUUUCCAUCCCCUCUCAGAUUCCUCUCGCGUACCGACUCGACCGUGCGUCUUCCUCUGCCAGGAUGAGCGACCUCCAUGCAGCCACCCUGAAGCUCCUGUCCACCUUCAAUGAGCUCGCCCGCGACAACGCGGUUAAAGAUUGUCUGAAGAAGGAGAAGUUCAGGAGCUUCCUCAAGGGGGAUAAGGGCAAGAGUCUGAUCCAGAAUCCCGUGGAUGGGUUCGUGGUGAGCCGCAUCCUGAGGGACCUUGGCGAUGACAAAGAUGGGGAAGUCGACUUACUCGAGUUCGUGAUCACGAUCGCGGCCUUGAAAUUCUGCUGCCACCCCAACUUCCGAGCGCACCACGAGCAGAAUGGCAGGACCCACGCGCUGUGCGCAUUCAAAGAGUAACGCGUCUCGUGCAUGAUACGGAUGCUGUGAAAUAAACAUUGUGGUUGCAUC